AUGAAGGCAUCCUGUGGUAAAACAGACAAAAAAUGCAUGCCCAUAUAUUAACUUUAGGUAAAAUAUUUUAAAUUGACAGACAGGUCAACAUUUAGGUGAGAACAAAGAACCGUCAAUACGACCCAAUAAUGACAUAACCUCAGCCGUACACGUUGUCAAGCAGUUUUCCCGCCGUUAUGAUGUCAUUAACGGCAGAGGCUCCGGCUGAAGAGUCUCGGGCGGACGCUAUGGCAGAGGCGGCAUCAUCGUGUUCCGGCGUGGGAGGACAAGGUGAGGAGUGGGCGUUGAAGAGGUACGGGCGGCUCGGCGGGAAGAACGAGAGCACCUCGGCACAGGAGCGGGUAUUUGAGUCAAAUGAAGAAUCUGGGAGCAUCACCCUUAGUAUCUUAAAUACAGGUCAUUUUUUCAUCUCCCAAGGACAUACACUACUGGAGGGUUUCUCUCUCGUAUCUGCAAAAACAUGGCUGAAGGUUGGAAAAAAGUCUGAUUGCCUUCUCUUUGGUUCCAAAGCAAAGGAUGAGUCACGUAUGUUCAGAGUACAAUUCAAUGGAGAGUCCAAGCAGAAAGCCCAGGAAAACUGUGAGAGCUGCUAUCAGAAGCUUCACUAUUACUUGAAAGAACAGAUUGAGCCCUCCGAAAAAUUCCCAGAGGAAAGGAUUCACGUGGGACAGAUCGCCCAGUCCAUGUUAAAUCAUCGGGCGGAAGACCUAGGCAGUUCCUAUCAGUAUCCUGCCUUAGGUGGAGCAGAACUUGGGCCUUUUCUCAAAAUAUGUCUGCUAGACAAAGACUUCCCAGCAUUCGUUGAGGCAAUAGAAAAAGAAUUAAACAAACUUGCACAAAAGUGA